CAUCAUCUCACCUCAAACUCAUUUCAACAUGGUCAGCCGUCUUGAACACCCAGCCGGUGGCUAUAAAAAAAUCUUUGAGUCAUGUGAAGAGUUAGCUGAGCCCAUUCCUGCUCAUGUCUCAGGCAAUAUCCCUGUCUGGCUCACUGGCAGUCUGCUCCGUAUGGGCCCUGGGCUCUUUGAGAUUGGAGAUGAACCUUUUUACCACCUUUUUGAUGGUCAGGCCCUCAUGCACAAGUUUGACCUGAAGGAUGGACAUGUCACUUAUUACCGCAGGUUUAUCAGAACUGAUGCUUAUGUGAGAGCCAUGACAGAGAAAAGGAUUGUGAUCACAGAGUUUGGCACCGCUGCAUAUCCAGAUCCAUGCAAAAACAUCUUUUCCAGGUUUUUUACUUACUUUCAAGGCAUUGAGGUGACGGACAACUGCCUUGUCAACAUCUACCCUAUUGGUGAGGACUUCUAUGCCUGCACUGAAACCAACUACAUAACCAAAGUUGAUCCUGAUACCCUAGAAACAAUAAAAAAGGUGGACCUCUGCAAUUAUCUCUCAGUAAACGGUGUGACUGCACAUCCACAUACUGAACCAGACGGUACUGUAUAUAACAUUGGGAACUGCUUUGGGAAGAACAUGUCAUUGGCCUACAACAUUGUCAAGAUCCCUCCACCACAAGAAGAUAAAUCUGAUCCAAUUGAGAAGUCAAAGGUUUUGGUGCAGUUUCCAAGCAGUGAGAGAUUCAAACCAUCCUACAUCCAUAGCUUUGGCAUGACAGAGAACUACUUUGUGUUUGUUGAGACUCCUGUGAAGAUCAAUCUACUGAAAUUUCUGACUUCCUGGAGUAUCAGAGGGACAAAUUAUAUGGACUGCUUUGAGUCCAAUGACAAAAUGGGUACAUGGUUUCAUCUGGCAACCAAGAAUCCUGGAGAAAACAUAGACCACAAAUUCAGAACAUCUGCUUUUAAUCUUUUCCAUCACAUUAACUGUUAUGAGGACCAAGGCUUUAUUGUGGUUGACCUGUGCACUUGGAAGGGGCAUGAUUUUGUGUAUAAUUACCUAUAUUUGGCAAACGUGAGGCAAAACUGGGAGGAAGUCAAAAAAGCAGCCAUAAGAGCUCCACAGCCAGAGGUGCGGAGAUACGUGCUUCCACUGGACAUCCACAGGGAAGAGCAGGGAAAGAAUUUAGUUUCGCUUCCAUACACCACAGCCACAGCUGUCAUGUGCAGUGAUGGAACCGUUUGGCUUGAACCUGAAGUUCUUUUCUCUGGACCGCAUCAAGCUUUUGAGUUUCCUCAGAUUAACUACAAAAAAUACUGUGGGAAAAAUUACACCUUCGCUUACGGACUUGGGCUAAACCACUUUGUUCCAGACCGGAUUUGCAAGUUGAAUGUGAAAAGCAAAGAAACGUGGAUAUGGCAGGAGCCAGAUGCCUAUCCAUCCGAACCACUGUUUGUGCAAAGCCCUGAUGCUAAAGACGAAGAUGAUGGUGUUCUUCUGAGUAUUGUAGUGAAACCAGGAGUCACCCAGAGGCCAGCGUUCCUCCUCAUACUCAAUGCCACUGACCUGACAGAAAUAGCACGUGCAGAGGUUGAUGUCAUGAUUCCUGUCACUCUUCAUGGCCUGUACAAACCUUAGAGGAUCAGAAUCAUGACGUUGCAUUUCAGUAAACAGACAAUACUUUCACUUUUCAAUUUGACAUUUUUUAUAAUACAUGUAAAAUCCUUUAAUGUUAUUGUUGCUCAUUUAAAUGGGCCAGUUAUAUGACCUGAUAUGCUUGUAAUGCAACAGCUUUUUGAUAACGUGUACUAUAGAAAAUACUUUUU